GUACGCAAUCUCAUGAUCUACGAGAAGUCUGGAAAAACAUACGUUGAUCCCAAACAUAAGUUCGAGAGUGCUGCAGCCAUGUUUGAACAUCACAUGCAAAACACAUUCGUGGAAAUAAAGCUAACACGAGGCAUUGGCCUCACAAGCUGGGAAUUUGAGCAUAAAAAUGUGAGAGUUGGGAAGACGAUUGGUCGCGGACAGUAUGCAGAGGUGAAGAAAGGAAAACUACUUUUGAAGACCGGUAUUGUUGUCAGCGUAGCGGUAAAAUCGGUUCGUUAA